CCUAGUCAAGACACCGCCAUAAAGAUAUUUAAGAAUAGGUCAUCCCAUGCUCUCUCUUGAGAACAGUGUCGGUGAGAUCGAUUUCAUUACUUUUCAGAGACGCUCACAUGGUUAGAGAGAUGAACUUCGAGGGGGACAGCGGCCUGUCAGUGAUUUGUGGCAAUGGGAAACUUAGACAGUGGCUGAUCGAUCAGAUUGACAGCAGCAUCUAUCCCGGACUGGUUUGGGAGAAUGAAGAGAAAAGCAUUUUCAGGAUUCCGUGGAAACAUGCGGGCAAACAGGAUUACAAUCGUGACGAGGAUGCUGCACUCUUCAAGGCCUGGGCAUUGUUCAAAGGGAAACAUAGGGAAGGAGUGGACAAACCAGACCCCCCCACAUGGAAGACCAGACUGCGAUGUGCUCUGAACAAAAGCAAUGACUUUGAUGAGCUGGUGGAGCGAAGCCAACUGGACAUAUCCGAUCCUUUCAAAGUCUACAGAAUCAUACCGGAGGGAGCUAAGAGAGGGAUCAAGAUGGCAGAGACAACGUCCCACAUGAGCUCAGUCAACAGCUACCCUAUGCACUCUCUAUACCCAUCUCUACAGAGCCAGGUGUCUGGCGGAUUCAUGAUUCCUCAGGAGAGGAAGGAGUGGAGGGAUUACAGCCACACACUGGACCAGCCUCAGCUUCACCAGCCACCCCACACUGAGCUGCAGUACAGCCAGUGCCACUACCCACAGCCACUCAGCCGACCAUGGCACACCGGGCCACACACAGAUAACGGUUAUCAGUUUACUGGCUCCUUCUGUUCCUACUCUUCCUCAGAGUCUCACCCCACAGCAUUUAAAAUGGACCACAACAUGUCUACCCUUUCUGACUUCCGACUGCACGUAUCCCUGUUCUACCGUGAGUCUCUGGUCAAGAAGGUAACCACCUCUAGUCCUGAAGGCUGCCGGAUCACCUCUUCUUCCUCCUCAUCUUCCUCUCCGUCCUCCCUCUGCCACGAGGACAGGCUGUACAGUGGUGCAGAGACGGUGCAGUUCCCCUCCCCUUACCCCCAGUCUCAGAGGAGAGGGGCAGAGAAGCUACCCAACGUCCUGGAGAGGGGCGUGCUCCUGUGGAUGACGUUAGAUGGGCUCUAUGCCAAGCGGCUGUGCCAGAGCCGAGUGUACUGGGAAGGCCCGCUGGCACCCUACACGGACAAACCCAAUAAAUUGGAGAAAGAACAGACCUGCAAGCUGUUUGACACCCAGCAGUUCCUCACUGAGCUGCAGGGGUAUGCCCACCAUGGCCGUCCCAUGCCCAGGCACCAGGUGGUGCUGUGUUUCGGAGACGAGUACCCGGACACCCAGCGCCAGGCCAAGAUGAUCACAGCACAGGUGGAGCCCAUGUUUGCCAGGGGCAUGAUAUACUUCAGCCAGCAGAGCAGCAGUCACUGCCUGAGGGACUAUGAGCUACAGGGACACACAGAGAUCUCCCUUCCGGCUCCAGGAGUCUACCAGAGGACCCUUCAACAGAGCUCCCCUUUAGCUCCAGGAGACUACCAGAGGACCCUUCAACAGAGCUCCACUCUAGCUCCAGGAGACUACCAGAGGACCCUGCAACACAUGCAGGAGUAACACACAAACAGGCCCCAGGAGCCAUGGACAUGAAUGUAGAUUGACCAAUGAGCUUUACAUCGCUUCUCCUGAAUAGUGUACAGUAUACUGAGGUCUUGGACUAAAAUACCUUACUGUAAUUUUAACGUAGGACUGGACUGUGCCUCCAUCGUCAGUGUCAGCAGUUUGAGCCAAUGAUCAAUGUUAAAAAUGGGGGCGCUUAAAGAAUCUACCCUAGUUUGUACAGCCUUACAAUUAUUUUUGUAAUCAACUAUUUUUUUUGUUGUUCUAUGAAAUGAUAUGAAAAAGUGAAUACCUAUCACAAGAGGUGGCGUGCAGGCCUAUCACAUGAGGUGAUGUGUGUUACUCGUAUUCCUGUGACAUCUGUGGGUGCUGAUGGGAAAGCUCCUAACCUGUGAUAGUGGUGUGAGAGGGAGAACCCCACUACUUAGCCUCUCUCGUUCUCCUCUCUCUCAUUUUCUUUCAACGAGAGGGGGAUGCAUGUGUAUUUGUGUGCAUGUGACAUGGUGACAGUGUAUAGGAUGUGGUUUGGGGUAGAGGGUUUAGGGUGGGUGAUGGGGGACCAAUGUGAAGCAGAGAGGGACUGUCAGAAGCAGGAAGCACAAGUCACAGGUGCAUAGGAAGAAGAGUAGCCCUUAUGAGAAAUUAAGACUUGAGAAGGAAGAAGAAGCCAAAUGUAUAUGAAUGAAGAAUACAAAUGGAUCAUUGAUAUAUUGAAGUGUCUCACACAGAGAGAAUUUCUGUGUAGUAUAUUUUCACCCAUUUAUCAAACAAUCUAUGAAAGUGGUUCACUCCACUUAAGGCCAGGCACUGAAUACAAAUCCCUUGACAUAUUUUGAUUAUUUAUGAACAACAAUAGGUAACUUUGAUGCAACCUAACUGAAUAACGAUUAUUGUAUUCGUCUAUUUUCUUGAUUAUCCGGCUCCAUAAUCUUCCAAUCAUAUAUGUCUAUUGUCUACUACUUCACCAUCUCACAACUGAUUGAAAAAAGGGCAACCCUGGUGUACAGUGCUUUCGGAAAGUAGUCAGACCCCUUUACUUUUCCCACAUUUUGUAACGUUACAGCCUUAUUCUAAAAUGUUUUCAAUUAUUAUUUAUUUCUUAUGAAUCUACACACAAUACAAAACAGACCCUUUAAUAUGACACUUGAAAUUGGCGAAUUGUCUACAGUCCCACAGUUGAUAGUGCAUGUCAGAGUAAAAACCAAGCCAUGAGGUUGAAGAAAUUGUCCUCAGAGCUCAGAGACGAUUGUGUCGAGGCACAGAUCUGGGGAAGGGUACAAAAACAUUUCUGCAGCAUCGAACGUCCCCAAGAACACAGUGGCCUCCAUCAUUCUUAAAUGGAAGAGGUUUGGAACCUCCAAGACUCUUCCUAGAGCUGGCCUCCUGGCCAAACUGAGCAAUCGGAGGAAAGGGCCUUGGUCAGGGAGGUGACCAAGAACCCGAUUGUCACUUUGACAGAGCUCAGAGUUACUUUGUGGAAAUGGGAGAACCUUCCAGAAGGACAAACAUCUAUGCAGCACUCCACCAAUCAGGCCUUUAUGGUAGACUGGCCAGAAGGAAGCCAGUCCUCAGUAAAAGGCACAUGACAGCCCACUUGGAGUUUGCCCAAAGGCACCUAAAGGACUCUCAGACCAUGACAAACGAUAUUCUCUGAUCUGAUGAAACCAAGAUUGAACUCUUUGGCAUGAAUGCCAAGCGUCACAUCUGGAGGAAACAUGGCACCAUCCCUGCUGUGAAGCAUGGUGGUGGCAGCAUCAUGCUGUGGGGAUGUUUUUCAGCGGCAGGUACUGGGAGACUAGUCAGGAUCGAGGGAAAGAUGAAUGGAGCAAAGCACAGAGAGAUCCUUGAUGAAAACCUGCUCCAUAGCGCUCAGGACCUCAGACUGGGACGAAGGUUCACCUUCCAACAGGACAACAACCCUAAGCACACAGCCAAGACAAUGCAGGAGGGGCUUCGGGACAAGUCUCUGAAUGUCCUUGAGUGGGCCAGCCAGAACCCGGAAUUGAACCCUAUCGAACAUCUCUUUUUUUGCUUGUCAUUAUGGGGUAUUUAUUGUGUGUAGAUUGAUGAGGGGAAAACACAAUUAUAUUAAUUUUAUACUAAGGCUAUAACGUAACAAAAAGUGGAAAAAGUCAAGGGGUAUGAAUACUUUCCGAAUGCACUGUACAUGUACCAGUAAUAUACAACUCCAAUUCGAGAGAAAUUGUUGUUAUCAGUUGUCUAGUGGUGGAGGGGAGGAAGCUGUUAUAACAAAUUGUUUCCCCUUGGCAGCUAGAUGUGAUGGAGGACACUGGCGUAGCACACACCACAUGGGGCCCACAAGCUUUGCCCCCAAAAACACUUUGAACAUUAUACAUUCCACGUCAGCUCUAUGCCUGGAAAUGCCCUUGUCCGGCGCAAAGGAUCCCAAUAUUAAACUCUCCAAAAAAGUGUUUAAAAUUCCAAAAACUGUCAAUAAUGGAUAUUAACUGGAAAAUGAUCUUAUGUAGUGUCUUGCAAUAGCCCUUUCUGACUCUUAAAGAAUAUUUAUCUCAGAACUGUGGUUCCUAAAGGAUGUGUCUGGAGAUUUGAUACAUUUGGACUCGUUAUUCAUUUCAUCAUUACAUGUAGUGCAACAAGACCACUCAUGGUCUGUAUGUAAAGCUCCUUACUUUUGAUAGAUUUAAACCAACAAUAUUGGAAUCACCAUGGUCACAACCUUAAACUGUCAACUCCAUCUGCCUGGUAGAAUAUGAAUUGUAGUUCAAAUAUGUCGUGAGUGAGGCAGGCAAAAACGGGAGGAGAGAAGGACGGGAAAAAACAGCGCUCCGAAAAAACAACACCUCACAGUGAUGGGGUGCAAGGAACUGAACUAGAUAGUGUGGGAUGAUGACAUGCAGGUGUGUGAACAGGUGAUUAGAAUACCAGUGAUUGGGAUCUGGAGAGUGAGAUGGAAAGUGGUCUGCGUUUCCGGGAUCGAAGUGUUUGGGAAUGUGAGUUGGACGCAGACGUUACAGUGUGGAACUUCUUCCGUCCCUUUUCUCGGUCUUAGCUAGCCACUGACUACACUUAGGCUGGCUAGUUAGCAGAGCAGUAGAUAUAUUUUAGUAUUACUUAGCCUAGAUCAUUAUUUGUACAGUAUGUCAACUUUGGUGUCUAUUUCAGACCUUAUGAAGGAUUUUUGAAGGAUGAGCAUAAGAGCAUUAAAAGGGGAGAAGACUAUAAGUCUGGCCAUGUGGAGAAGUGCAGCUAUAGUGAGGGGCAACUUACCGGUUUGGAGAGGGCAAGCAUGAGGGUUAAAGUUAUCCUGUGUCAGUGAGUGUAGGUAUGAGGGAUAAAGUUUAUCCUGUGUCAGUGAGUGUAGCUCUAUUAAGUUUAAGUUUGAGCAUCUUAGCAAUACAAUGUGUUCUAUGCUGCCGACAACAUUCUACAAGGAUAGAGCCACUUAUUCAAUUAUAUAAUCAUAAACCAGAUCACCAAGGAUACCAGACAGAUGAGUCUUAAUUCAGUUCUGGGAUGUUGUCAUUGAUGAGAAUGAACCUAAACAUCUAUUGACAUUCAGAAUUGACUUUAUUUAGACAUCUGUAUUGUAGUUUCAUGACUAGAGACAAAUCAUCAGAGACACAGUAUUUAUUUAUUCCGAGUGCUACAUGCAUUCACACAGUCUUGAUUUAUAGGAUCCUUCCCACUAUACGAUUGAUAUGUCAAGUAAUAAAAUCCCAAGUUAUUAAUUAAACGUUUAUGGAAAAACUG